GGCACUAGAAGUGCACUUAGAGUGCUGGCAGCACAAACAAUAUUAAAAUGCGUGAUGUAAUAACCGUUCUGCUGUUCCUGCAGAUCAUAGGAUCGAUGCAGGGCCAGAUGCUACCGAAGGAAAUUAAAAAGUGCCACUUUGGAGAAUCUCAGUGCAUUGUAGAUUCGAUGAAUGCCGUGAUUAAGAAGUUUCCAAGGGGCAUUCCAGCGUUGGGCCUGAAACCCAUCGACGUGGUCGACAUCAGAAACUCCAAGUUCUGGAACGACGAAAAGGUAGGCGCUUUCUGGCUGCAAUUUGAUCUGUUCAAUCAGGUGAACUAUGGCUUUGAGAACACGACGAUUACAAAGGUGAAUGGGUUCGAUGAGAAUCCCACCUCCAGCCUGAUAGAAAUACACGGCCGGAUACCCAGUCUGAUUCACAAGGGUAGUUAUUUCUCUGAAGGAAGAGUGUGGAUUGUGCAGCUGAAUUCUACAGGGGAGUCCUUUUCAGACUUCCAAAACUUUCGCUUCGUCCUUAAACUAAAAGUUAUCAUGGAGUAUCGGAAUAAUAAGCGUUAUUUGAAGAUCUACGAACUAAGUCCUUUUGUGAAUAUGGAUCGUUGGGUAUUCUGGCUGGACAACUUUUUCGAAUCCAAUACGGAUUUAACGAUAGCCAUAAACCAAGUGUUCAAUCUGCACUGGGUAGAGUUUUGGAACGAGCUAGAGCCCACAAAUCUGAAAAUAUUCGCUAGUGUUUUUCGCGACAUUUUCGAGGACAUCUUUCAGAAGGUCUCCUACGAUGAUAUGUUCUUACCGGUUCCCAAAGAGUCUGAAGUAAAUGAUUAAAGGUGGUUUAAGUUA